UUGGUCGGUUACGCAUAGUUGGCAUACGGCUGUCAGUUCGUUUUCUACUGCUGUGGUGGGCUGUUGAUGUGUGUGUUACAAUGACAUCCACUCCAAAGUCAACCAGUGAGGACGUGCUAGGAGAGUCGUGGGUGGAGCUGAGCGCCCAGCCGACUAGCAGUCACACUCCUGACAGGGUGACGCCUUUGCCGUUUAGUUCUGGUGAGGAAUACCUGCGUCUCCUGAGGGAAGCACAACGCGAGAGCAACCAGUCCUCAGCCAGAGUGUCCGUCGCCUCUUCUCGCAGGGACACCCCCAGGGACAGCCCCAAAUCGCCGCCUAAUAGUCCGAACACUGAACUGUCUACAGAUGAUGAUCUGAAGGGAGUCUACAUCAACUACUGCUAUAAGGAUGGGGAUUUUAUGAAUGUUGACCGCAGCACAGACUGGAUUUGGGAUUGGAGCAGUCGACCAGACCAGGCACCACCAAAGGACUGGAAAUUCAAGCAUCCUAAGAGGAAAACCUACAGUAUUCGCCAUGCUAAAGUGGGAAAGAACAGCCUGUUUUCCAAAGAAGUGCUGUAUACACUCUUCCUCACAAACUUCAUUUCACUCCUCCUUGGGACUGGAGUUGGGGUUUGGUUGACUCGGAGAGGAAUGUAUCUGCCACGGAUUAACUUUGAAUGACUCUUCAGUCAGUCACUCAGCAAGCUAAAACCAGGUUGGCAUCAGUGACUGGCUCAUUCAAGGCUGAAUACAGUCACAAGAUAGAAGACUGAUCAAAGGCUUUUGUGGGGAUUCAAACGAGAUAGGAAAAGCCUCAUCCUUAUUAAAGGCUUAUGGUCAAAAACACUCUUCAUAUAUGUUUCAUAGGUAUUUACUGACUGGUACAGUUAGAACCUGCAUGGGUUCUGUGCCAGGUUGGGUUUUCUUUUUUACAUAAUCUUAUACACUCACAAUUGCAGUGAAACUGGUAAUAUUUAUAUCUAAAGUAUGAAAUCACAGCAUUGGUUCUGACCUGACUUAACAAUGAACAGAUUUUUGUAAUGAAGCAAACACUAAAGACUCAGUGCUAGCAGAUUCUGCAAGAGGUUCUAAAAUGCUAUAAAAUCAAUAAGAUUUUGAACUCUGGGUAAGCAAGUACUUUUAUGAUCUUUAUGUUCUUUUCCAUCUUGGGCUGUGCUUUGAAUGUCAGUGCAUGGGGAUGCAAACUGACUUCAUCUUUCUCAUUGCAUUUAUGUCCUGGAUUUUCUGAGUUCACUUCAUCCUCUGUGCAUCAUGUCUGCAGAUUCUUAAAGACAUAUUUAUGUGUGGGAGGAAAGGGGGAGCAGAACCCCAAACUUAGGAUGAUGAUGAAAAACGCACAAGACAUCCAUGUUCCAGGUUGCUUGCUGCUUUAUACAGACAGCCAGUAGGAUCAGUGCACUAAUACAUAUCAUUGCAAAUUUAAUUCUGUCACUGCUUUUAUGAAGCAUUAAUGCACAAUAUAUCAACCUGAGUCUGUAGUGUUUUAAUAUAAAAAGGUGAUACUUUUUUAGUCUUUUAAUAAAUACAUAUAAAUUUACUUUCAUAAUAGUUUGGGUAAAAUGUUUCCACUUAUAAUCUUGUUGCCCUUAUAGACCUCUGCCCACUGAGUAUGGUGAUGGACCAUUGAUUUUGAUGGUACUAAUGCGACUGAUUGCCAAGAUUAAUUUGUAGGUACUAAAUACUGUGUCAUACCAUAUGGUAUUCUCUAUAUUUUCAAAGGCUAAGAUUAGGCAGAGUUUAAGGUUUUGACCAGUGCGUGGAGAAAUCUGCACACAUGUAAUCAAUUAUGAAAUCUGGAAAUCUCUGAUUUAAGUAAACUUUCUUAUCUUGAGACCACUAGCUCCCAGGUAGCAGCAAAUGUGUUGUUUUUUUUUUGUUCAGUUUUACAUAUUUACCCAUUUGGUCUUGGUAUUCAUUUGGUGCAUAUCAAGUUUUACAGCUGAUAAUGUAUUGCCACACGUUAGUGACUAGACACUGGGGCUGGAUUGAUAAUUAGAUUUAUUUCAUGGCAAAUCACUUUAUAAGGACCUUAUUGCAUGCACUUCAUAAAUAUACUUUUCCUGUACAGCAUGAUGAAGAUAUAUGAAAUAAAUAUUUUACAGUUUUCUUUGCAUGCUCUGCGUUUUUGUGAUCCAUACCAAUUGUUGUAAAAGUAGCUGUUUUUGAGGAAUAAAAUAAUAAAGUCAGGUUAUACCUUACUUAUGAGUACUUGGUACUUGCAUUAGACUGAUGAAGACCAAAAUUAAAUUUGUCUCACAAAUUUCAGUUUGAAUUCUCAGUAUUAGAGUUCAUUGAUAUUCUUAAAUGGUAUUGCAAAUGAAAUGUGCAGUCAUGGACAUGGCUUACCAUACAUUCCCUUGUAUAUAUUUUCUGUGGAGAACUUAUAAUAAUGGUUCAUUGUACCCGAAUUAUUGAUUUUGUUCAAAGUUCGUACUAUUAAUGCACUAAUAUUGUUGGCAGCCUAUUUCGUUUACAAAGUUCACAGAGGAUAAGGUACAAAAACUGUAAUUUCCUUUCUUGGCUUAUCUUGUCAGCAAGUCUGUCAGAAAACUAUAUUAAAACCAAAAGAUGAUCCUAGUGCAAGCAGAAUAUUUUAACAAUUAUAAAGAGGGAGCUUGGAUAGCUUACUUGAUAUAAUGGCUAGGCUGGACAAUGAAGGAAUCAUUUUAUCGCCACCAAGGACAUGAUUCUUCUCUUCAACACAGCAGCCAGACCAACUCUGAAACCCAUCCAGUCUCUUGCCUAGUAGGUACCAAUGGCUUUCCCAGGGAGUAAAGUGGCUGGGGUGUUAAGCUGAUCACUGACCUCCCUGUAUUGCUGAGAUUAAAAAUGUGUGGAGCUAUAUUUCCACUCCCCCACCCACCUUCAUGGUGUAGUGCUUAAUUAAGACAGGGACAACUUUACCUUUUGCCUUGCACCCAUAAGAUACGAGUAUUUGUUCUCCAUACUUUUGGGUCAUAUUGCAUGAUGUAAUAUUCCAAAGUUAACCAGUGCUGUGAUUUUAUUCAUUUAUAAUAGCGUUUAAUUUAGACCCCUUAUUCUUAUACUGCUUUAUGGUAUGUAGAAAAUUAGUGAUGUAAUGAAUAAAGUUUACUUCUUGUACUAGAUACUUCCAUUGUUUUGUUAUACGACAGAGGGGAGAAUUUGAAGAAUCAGUUUUAUGUAUACUGUUUGUAAGUUUAUUUUAAGCUGAACAUAUGUUGUCCUCACAUUAUUCAGAUCUGUAAAAUGUGCAAGGACACAGGACCACAGUGUACGAGUAAGUCAGUUCUGAUUACCUGAUUAGUAACAUCUGACCCAAGGCAUGUAUGACUUGAAAUUUCCUAAUGGAUUCUUGCAUAACAAGAAGGUACAUAUUAGGGAAUAUGAUUUUAAGGUUAAGCCCUAUUUCAUCACCCAGUUAACUUCAUUAUAAAUUAGGUUUUAUGUUAACCUCAAGACUCCUUAUAAGUAAAGUACCAGAUAUGUUGUGUAAUUCCCUGAAGACCUUCAUAUGGGUCCAUAAAUAUGGGAAGAUCCAUGCAUGCAAGUAGUUUAACAUGGGAACACAUAUAUUUACAUUCAAAGAUUAAAUAUUUGCUAUUUUUAUAAAUUUAAAAACAGAAGAGUAUUAUCUUCUUUGAUGUAAUGUUGAGUAGUAGAUUUUCACAAAUGUUUCAGAAGAACAUCAGUGAACUUCUACCAGACUACUAAGUAUUACAUCCCAGAAGAUUAUAUUCCCUAGUGUGAGAACCUGUAAUCCAACAAUUUAAAAGCUAGUCAUUAACAAUAUGAAUAUCCCACACAUGGAAACAGAAUGCACUGAAGUACUGCACAGAGUUUGAAAACUGUUAAAUCUGUUUUAGGAAGCAAAGGAUUCAUGACAGAUAAAUUUACUAUAUCACUCAGCAAAGAAAGAGUGUUACAAUUGAUACUUUUAAUAAUGCUUAAGAAACCAGAUUUGUAAAGUACAAAGUCUUAUUUCUCCAGAAGUUGCACACAUAAAACUGCAUGCAGUUUCAAUAACCUGGAAUUUAAAGAUUAAUAUUUUCACUGUAUUAGGUACUUCCAUUUUCCAGCAACAAAAAUUCUCUAUCCAUUAAAAUUAUAUCAAUAUUUGAUCUUGUGAACAACCAAGUACUGCUUCACUGUGAUGUUGGGAUGAGAACAGCCUCUUCAGCAUGGCACAAUCAUAAGCCUUAAAACGGGAGAUCAUAUGCCCUCAUUACGACACAUUUAGCACCACACUUGAGCCAACUUUAGAAGCAUGUUUACUGAAGAAUAUCUGAAGAAAUCUUUAAACUGAAACAAUAUCGUAUCAGUGGCAUGGCUGCAGUGAAGGACUAUAACCAGUACUCUAAAAGGAAACUGGAUCAGAGAGAUUAUUCAUUGGUUAUAUAUUCAUGGAAAGGGAAGGGAAUUAUACAUUAUUCUUUUGGUUUUCAUAAUGGAAUGGUGUUCUGUUCAUGGAAACACUAUAUGGUAACAGUUAAUGGAACACGAUAUUACAGAGAGAGGUCAAUAUUUGGAUAUUGAAUUAGUAUUAGUGGUAGGCUGCUGGCAAUGCUGUAAAUGGAAAAGUAAUUUGUAGAUAGUCCCUUCCCCUCUCCAAAUAUAAAGCCUAAUAAAAUAUGGACAGCUCUGGAGUGAGGCGUUCAUGCUGCUGUAAGUGUAAUUGCAAUACCAUAUUAUAUAACUGUCUUAACAGCAAUAAAAAUUAAUAAUAUUUAGUCCUGAGUUCACCUCCUAAUAAGCCUGGGGUUAAAAUACUUUUUAGGUACAUCUUUCUAUAAGCUAAUAAACAUGUCUGUAUAUACAUGCAAUCCCAAGAGUCGUGGGCUGUAGGAGAUCUUUGUUAUUUGGAAAAAUACAGAAAAUUGUUGCAAA